AUGUUGAGCGCCAGCAGAUUAGGCGGAAAACUGUUUGCCGCGUCGGAAAACGGUUGCCACGGCCAGCUUGGCCGCUCAUGGGUUCAGCAGCUUAUCACUGCCGAACAUGUCGCCUCAGUCACUGGAAUACGAGCGUUCGACAAUUGCAAACUGAUACAAAACGUGCAAAGCAAGGCAGUUCCGCCAUUGAGACCAAUCUUUGUGGUUAUGUCCCAAUCAAAUGGCCACUUGAAGUUGCCUGAGAUAGAUCCCAGAGUCAAGCAGGUGUUGCAAAACACACCGUUGUUCGACUUGCACAAUGACCUGCCACAGCAGCCGUGAGUGUCCAGACUGCAGACGAGUUGAAGAAAGCUGAGCUUGCUCGGAUAGACGGGCCUGCUUUCAUGGCAAGAUCCACGAGAAUCCGAAAUUUGACCUUCAGAAAGGGUUUCAGAGAGGCAUGACAGAUAUCCCUCGUCUCCGUAAGCAUUUUAAGAAAGAUGAUUUGCCCACUUGGAUCAACUUCUGAGCUCUUGAGCAGGCGAAGGUGCAGUCGGAGCGCAAUUCUGGAGCAUAUGCGUGCCAUGCUUGCGAUCAGCGGAGAACUUUUCGACGCCGGAGUACAGCGAUAUGGCCCGCGAUGCAAUCGAGCAGAUCGAUAUGACCACGAGAAUGGUACAGAGCUAUCCAGAUACAUUCGAACUCGUCUUCGAACCGGCAGAUGUAAAGCGAGUGUAUGCGCGAGGCAAGAUCGCUUGUUCCAUUGGAAUCGAAGGGUCAGUGCUUCCAGUCUUCGCCGUCGUGCUGCAAGCCUGGGCAGUACUUGAAGCUGACAGCUUUCAGUCUACACAUGGCUGGUAACAGUAUUGGCAUCAUUAGAGCUUUCUAUACGCUUGGCGUGAGAUAUGUAAGGUCGAGCAUCUCAUGUUUUGGUGCUGGCAGCUGAUGCUUCGCAUAGUGUACACUGACACAUGUCUGCAACAAUGCGUUUGCAGAUUCUUCGACUUCGAAGACCGGGCCUGUUCACGGUGGGCUCUCCAAGCUGGGCAGAUCGGCCAUUAAAGAGAUGAAUCGUCUCGGUUCGUACGGGCUCGCAAACAAACGAUAUUGCAAAACCGGCUGAUUUUGAACAGGGAUGCUGAUCGAUAUUUCGCACGUGUCACCAGAUGCUGCAAAGCAAGCGUUGGAGCUCAGCAGAGCACCUGUCAUGUUCUCACACUCCAACGCCAAAUCUGUCUUUGAUUGUCCUCGGAACGUUCCAGAUGAGAUCAUAGACAUGAUCCCAGUGAAUGGAGGCCUGAUAGCCGUGACGUUCGUACCAGAGCAUGUCACCACUCGAAGACAGGAUGCAAGAAUGGAGAUGGUCCUGGACCAUCUGUGAGUCGAAAAAAUCGUUGUGGAUCUGCUGCCUUUGCUGACCACCUGGUCAGCUUUUAUGUUGCACAGCGAAUCGGAUGGGACUAUGUAGGUCUUGGAUCUGAUUUUGACGGCAUCGCUAGUGUGAUACCCGGGCUGGAGGAUGUCAGUUGCUAUCCAAAGUUGCUGCAAGCCAUUCUAGACCGUGGAGCGACACACGAGCAGCUGGCGAAAGUUGCAGGUGGCAACAUGCUCAGAGUCUGGGAGGGCGCUGUCGGCGUUCGGGACCAGAUGAAACUAGAAGGAGUGCUACCGGUCGAAGAUGUCUGGGAAGGCCGUACAUGGUGGAGAUACGAUGGCUAUUGUGAGUAUAGACGUCCUCGACUGCAAAAAGGACGGUGUGCUGACAACAAGAUGAAAGACCAGAUGCCCGAUCCAGAUCCCGAGGACAGACUGGGGCUUGAUUGGUACGGUGUCCCACCCCCGGAAGAGGGACUUUACCACCAAUCGUGA